AUCACUGGACUCAGAGGCCGACCUCCUUAGCAGAGGUUCAUGAUGCUUUUAACGUAAUAUUUCUUGUUAGCUACAUGAAUGUUGUUACUAUGAAUCUUUCAUGCUGAACGGCCCACAAUGCCUCGGCAGCUAUUCGUACUCUGACAUGAUGUCACUGUUGCUAAGGAGUGAAACAUCACGUCAACAAUUACAUACUCGCUUUCUCCGCAGCGAAGAUUCUCCGUACUCGUGCAAAGGCCAAAGUUCUUCAGCAAGCAAAUCUACGAACCAUCCUGCAAACUUCCCACACGCAUCGCACUUCAUUGUCACGCGACCCGAACCUAUCACAAUGCAGUCUCUCCGUCGCUCCCUCCUCGCCCGCCGCCCAGCAGCAGCAAGCUUCCCAAGCCGCCGCACACCUGCGCCAGCCCCCCGGCACUUCCAAACCUCAUCACGAUGCCUCGCCCGCAAGGACGCGCAGGGUAAAGACGACAUCAACACCGAGUCAAACGAGUACAGCAAGUCCGGCUCAGACGACAAGAGUUCCGCGGUCGAGGAGGCGGCGUUCAGCCCGGAUAAGACGAGCCCGGAGGAGCAACAGGCUCAUGCUGAGGGAGAGGCGAAUGAGCAAGGCGUGAGUCUUACAUUCACUUACACGCAGCAAGGUCUUUGUGUAGGUGGAGAUGUUUUCGCUAACCACGGCAAUUCCCGCUAG